AUGUCGUCUUUUGAGAUGUCAACUUCCUCGGUUUCUAUUUCUUUGUCAUCGUUGGUAAUUGAUGAAAAUAAUAGCACCAAGCAAGAUCACGUGAUCCGUAAUACGGUCACUUUUCAUCCUAGCAUUUGGGGGGAUCAGUUUCUUGUAUAUGAUGAGAAAGAUGAUUUAGUUGCGGAGAAACAACUUGUUGAAGAGCUCACAGAAGAAAUAAGAAAAAAGCUAUUCAUCACAGCUUCUAGUAUUCAUGAACCCCUGCAACAAAUACAGCUCAUUGAUGCAAUCCAACGCCUUGGUGUAGCCUAUCAUUUUGAAAAGGAGAUUGAGGAAGCCUUGCAACAUGUCUAUCGUACAUAUGGCCAUCAGGGGAUCCACAAUAAUAACAACCUACAAAGUGUUUCUCUUUGGUUCCGAAUCCUCAGACAACAAGGAUUCAAUGUUUCACCGGAAAUAUUCAAGAACCAUAUGGAUGAGAAGGGGAACUUGUUAAGUAAUGAUGUUGAAAGCAUGCUUGCUUUGUACGAAGCAUCGUAUAUGAGGGUGGAAGGUGAAAAAGUACUGGAUGACGCUCUCAAAUUCACUAAAACUCACCUUGCCAUCAUUGCCCAGCAUCCUUCUUGCGACUCUUCUUUAAGAACCCAAAUACAAGAAGCACUAAGGCAGCCACUUCGGAAAAGGUUGCCAAGGCUAGAGGCGGUGCGUUACAUACCUAUCUAUCAACAACAAUCUUCCCAUAAUCAGCUCUUACUGAAGCUUGCAAAGUUAGAUUUUAACAUGCUUCAGUCAAUGCAUAAAAAGGAGCUUAGCCAAAUAUGCAAAUGGUGGAAAGAUUUGGACAUGCAAAAUAAGCUGCCAUUUGUCCGAGACAGAUUGAUAGAAGGUUACUUUUGCAUAUUGGGAAUCUAUUUCGAGCCUCAUCAUUCUCGUUUAAGAAUGUUCCUAAUCAAAUCGUGCAUGUGGUUAAUCGUUAUGGAUGAUACAUUUGAUAAUUAUGGUACUUAUGAAGAGCUUAAAAUCUUUACAGAAGUUGUUGAAAGAUGGUCCAUAAGCUGCUUGGAUUUGCUCCCGGAAUACAUGAAAGUAAUAUAUCUAGAACUUGUGAAUAUUCACCAAGAAAUGGAGGAAUCACUUGAAAAAGAGGGAAAAACAUAUCACAUCUACUAUGUUAAGGAGAUGGCAAAAGAAUACACUCGAAGCCUGUUAGCAGAAGCUAAAUGGUUAAAAGAUGGGUACAUGCCGACACUAGAUGAAUACAUCUCUAAUUCAUUGAUAACUACUACCUAUGCGGUGGUGAUCGAGGGAUCAUAUGUUGGCGGGCCCGACAUGCUGGUCACGGAAGAUUCCUUUAAAUGGGUGGCUACACAUCCUCCUCUUGUCAAGGCUUCAUGUUUGAUUUUAAGGCUUAUGAAUGAUAUUGCUACCCACAAGGAGGAACAAGAAAGAAGUCAUGUUGCUUCAAGCAUCGAAUGCUACAUAAAGGAAACUGGUGCAACUGAGGAGGAAGCAUGCGAAUAUUUCUCGAAACAAGUUGAAGAUGCAUGGAAAGUUAUAAAUCGAGAUUCUCUUAAGCCUACGGAUGUCCCAUUUCCACUAGUUAAGCCUGUAAUCAACCUUGCACGUAUUUCUGAUGUAGUUUAUAAAGGCAGCAUUAAUGGCUACAAUCAUGCCGGGAAAGAACUGAUACAAAACAUCAAAUCCCUGCUCGUUCACCCUUUAAUUUAG